GCAUGCCAUGGGGGUUGGGCCGACUCUCUGAAUAAUGAUAGUGGUGUUCUUCAAGGGUAGCCUAUUCGGAAGAACGAAAUGGAAGACGUCGUAAGUGAGGAAGAGCAGCGACAUAAUAAUUUACAGUCCAGAAGGUCUAACCCAAAAGCAGUCCUUUUCAGUGCUAGCGUGUUCACUUUGGAAUUCUCAUAGAAUACCGUAAAGCAGAAAGGGCAUAAAAGCAAUGUAAAAAGGUGAAAGCAACCCAUCCUCUCCCCUCUCUGCCCCCAAGCAUCAUUCUCAGCCAGCUUCUAUCGCCUAAAAUGUUUGCCAGUGUCCUCGCACUCCUUCCAUUUGCCCUCUUUGCUGUCGCUCAGAGCAGCCAGUGUGACACUGGUGAGAUCCAAUGCUGUAACAACAGUACCAGCUAUACUUCAGGUGCCGCUAAAAAUGCCUUCACCGAGGCCGGCCUCGUCGACGUUGCUGCAGUGGUGAACGCCACUGUGGGACUCACGUGCUCUCCCAUUAGCGUCGUCGGCACUGGCACUGGCUGUUCCGCUAACCAGCAGCCACUUUGCUGCUCGGACAACAAAUACAAUGGUGUCGUCAGUCUUGGCUGUACUCCCGUCGGUGUUAACGCCUGAACGAGGGAUUAUGGCGUGAGGAUGUAGGUGCUAUGUGGGACAGUAUAUCAUACUUUGAACAUUAUUCUUCGAUCAUCACGCUCCUUGUUGUGCACUUAUCAGUAAAAGUAUCAUGAUACCAACCUGUCUGCCAAUGGAACUCACUGUUGUUUCCUU